AUGGUCAAAAAGGUUGUCGCCGCAUUGCAAGUGGGUACUUUGCCGGGAGGCACUCAAGCUACACUUGACAACAUUUUAUCUUAUGAAGAGGAGAUUAAGAAAAAGAAUGUCUCUCUAGUGGUCAUACCAGAGGCCACAUUGGGUGGAUAUCCAAAAGGAUCAAAUUUCGGAACAUAUCUGGGAUAUCGCUUAGAUUCUGGCAGAAAGGAAUUUGCCAAAUACUUUUCUCAAGCCAUUGAGGUUGGAUCUGGUGACGGUUUUCCAGAAAUUAAUAAGUUGUGCAAACUUGCUAGGAAUACGGGUGCUUUCAUAUGCUGCGGAUGUGUUGAACGUGAUGGAUCGACUUUGUACUGUACCAUGGCCUACAUCGAUCCAAAAGCCGGUUACGUAGGAAAGCACAGAAAGCUUACUCCCACAGCCACCGAACGUUUAAUCUGGGGACAAGGCGAUGGGUCUACGUUGACAGUAGUUGAUACUAAAGUCGGUAAAGUUGGUGGCGCAAUUUGUUGGGAAAACAUGAUGCCCUUGCUGAGACAAACGAUGUACGACAAAGGAGUCGAAGUUUGGUGCGCUCCCACGGUGGACCAGAGGCCUUUAUGGACGGUUGUGAUGCAAAACCUUGCUUAUGAGGGGCGAUUGUUUGUUGUGAGUGCAGUGCAAAUAAUGCAAGAUGCAACUGCCAUGGGUCUAGGGGAAGUAGUUGACGAAACAACGGGGCGCAGAAAAUUACCUGGUCUUGAUUCCUGUGAGGGUAAUUGCAUUGACGGAGGUAGCGUUAUCGUGAACCCUUUUGGUGAGAUAAUUGCUGGGCCUCUGCGAGGCACAGAGGGAUUGCUUACGGCAGAAAUCGAUACAGACCUGAUAGUACAAGCACGCUACGAACUUGAUGUUGUCGGUCAUUAUUCGAGGGGGGAUGUCUUUCAGCUGAGUGUCAAUGAGACUUCUCAUGGUGUUAAGUACACUACUUAA